UAGGUCAGUGGGUGGUUAGGGUCGGUUGGUUGAGAACGGGUGGUAACUGUGUUUAAAUCCAGCCUGGGAUUAAAAUCCCGGGUGAACUCUACGUGAAACAUCACUGAAUAUCUGUAUAGUUUACUGAAUAGAUACUAUUAAUUCCAUGACACUAACUAAAGCAUGUUUGUAAAGCAAUACAUGUCAAUAGCAAAACAUGUCUAAUGUAAUGCAUUGUUUAUCGUGGAUCGCGGUCUAUCGUGGUUGUAUCGAAUAAAUUGGAUAGAAACACCUAUAUAAUAAUCUCUAUGGAUUAUCUGGAAUUAUGACUACCUCUUUCUUAUUUAUUGCGGGGUAUACAAUGGAGUACGCGCAUUUUUAUGUAGGUACUUUGGGUCAAAAAAUUCUUGCUAAUAUUGGCUCUAGUAUUAUAUAAACACUAUGGUGCCUUCUUUCUCUUAAGUGCGUGUUCUAAAUGCUCGAAAUCGGUCAUGAAAUCACAGAUAUAAAAACAUUCUAUGAAAUUCAAUUCAACCAAAGAUAAUAUAAACACGCACGACACCAGUCUCCAGUGACAUAAGUGAUAGUCGAAAUGACAGGAUUUCAUUAUUUUAUAUUUGUAAAAUUUAUACAGUUACAUUUAAUUAAUGAUUUAUUUUCGCUGAUACCAUUUAACAAAGCCAUACUUGUACGUUUUAAAUAAAUUCCGUUAUAUUUUUAUAUAUAAUAAAUCUAAAUAAUAAUACUAGUAUAUUACGUACCUAAUACAGUAAUUAGAUCAGUUAUAUGGCUUAUAAUCUCAGCGAAAGAUUUCCACCCGCUCCUAAGAAUUACACUAUUUUUGAUCCAGGAGCCUAUCAACAUGAUCUUGGAUAUAAAUUUAAACACAAUAAGGCUCCUUUUCUAUCAAAAACUCCACGAAUUACUGGUACCGGUAAUAAACUAUGGACGCAAAGUAUUUACAAUACAUAUAUUCCAACAAGAAUUCCUAAUAUGACAUCUUUGAUGUCCAAAUGUCCUAGGUUUCCUUAUGAAGCCUUUAGUAAAGAAGAUUUGGAAAGGCUCCUUUGUCGCUGUGGAAUACAAAAUGAAUGUGAAUGUACAGAAGAAGAAGAACAUGAAGAUAUAUUAUGCCAAGGACAUGUACCAAGAUGUUUAUAUAAAGGACCUCCUCCAAGAUCAAUGCUGUUAGGUGAUAGUGGUUUAUCAGCGCCAUCUAAAAGGGAUCAUGGAUUUGAAAUAUCAAAAGAUGGUUCUCAAAAGCGUAAUUUGGAUAAAGUUAGUGAUGAAAGCCCGCCCUUUUACGAUGCUAGAGUAAUCGAAUCAACGGAAUAUUACCAAGGUUGUAAAUGGAGCGCUUGGACUUCAAAACGAUUUAAGAAAUCUUUUUCUAGAACUCCAGGACCUGCGGAUUAUACUAUUGAUCAACCACCAACACUUGAAACAACUUGCUAUGAAAUCAAUCGACAUCGUAAGCGAAAGACAUCUAAACAACCGCGUUUCAUAGAAAUAAUUCAAAAUUUGAAUAUUAAGGAAGGGCGACCAGGGCCUGCUACUUAUAGUCCUAAGGUGCCUAAAUCCAUUAAUACACAAUAUUAUGGAUCAAAAGCUGAAAGAUUUAAUACAUCUAAAUAUAAUAUCGGCCCCGGUCCAACAGAUUAUGUGUUAAAGAGAAUGUUUGAUUUACCGGAAAUUCCUGAAAUUCCUUGUCAUGCAAAACUUCCCGAGCCCUCUUGUUUUGGUGUUAAAGCACAAAGGUUCAAGCCACGCGUGGAAGAGGGUGCUAGUCCAGCUAGCUAUAACGUUAAUUAUAAACCAUGUCAAUAUUUGCACUGCCUUACUGCACCAUUUGGUUCUAAUACGAUGAGGUUUAAACAGAAUGUAAAAUCAAAUGAUGAAGAUAAUGAACAAGAUGAAAUCGCAUCUGAUGAUCCUGAAAAAUUUGAUGAUGAUGAAUCAUCAAAAGAAAAAUGCCCUACUCCAACGUGGGAAUUCAAAUCUAAAGUUAUACGACUCAAACCACUACGUAAAAAGUUAGAUGAACCCAGCCCCGCUGAUUUACCACAGUCAUCUAUAAAAGUAGAACGUUUACCGUAUCUUCAAUACACAGCACCUUUUUUCUCAUCAGAAGGUCGAUUUGAACCUUGGAAUGACUGGAUGCCGGUAUUAGGAAAACUUAAAACUCCUGGUCCAGCUUAUUAUUGUUUAGAAAAACCUAGAUGCAAUCCAGCAGUCAAUCGGGGUCCACUAGUACGUGCCCCACGUUUUCCUAGAAGUCAAUGGUCGACACCAGCUCCUAAUGAAUAUGUUGUAGGUGGUGGUAUUGAAACAGUAUUAAACACAUGUAACAAGAGACUCACAGACAAUAUUGAAAAUCAGCACAAAUUUCAUUGGGAACCACCUAAGGAUCCAAAGUCGCUUAGUUAUGAAGAACGGGAAAUGGAAUUGUUACAAAAGUCAAUAAUGCUGUUAGAAGUAGAUGGCCCCAAUGAUAAAACUGAUAUCACUCCAGCGCCGGAACAGGAAAAACAAAAAUUUUUGCGUUGUUUUUUAUAAGAGUUUUUUAUAAAUCUAUUACUAACUUUGACUGUUUCUUUAUACGCAGCUAGUUGAAUAAUGAAAAAACAAAUCAGCUUAAGAUCUACACGAUUUUUCGUCAAUACUUUAAUUGAUAGAUGCAUAGAAUUUCUAUGUAGGUACCUACUCACGGAGUACCUAAUGAAGUAGGUACUAAAUACAUGGUUUUUGGUUCAAAAAAAAGGUUCUUUCCAUAGAUAAAAUAUGAGAAACCGCCACACGCUGCAAAAUUUUCGAGCCACUACGGUCAAAAAUAUGCUCAGAAUACUUCACACCUGACGACUUAGGAAAAUAUAAACUACAAACAAGUAAUGCUUUCAGUCAAAAUUAAGUUUAUCACCACAGUUGAUCAAAUAAUGCAGAAAAUAACCAAAAAUGUUCAUGUUUUCUCAUGGUCUAAAACUGAAGUCUUAAAAGUGUACUCAAAGGCGACAAAGAGCUGCUAAACGUGAAGCUAAAAACCAAAUAAACAAAUUUAACCCUAUAUAUACGAUUCUUUGUGUGUAUAUUUUUGAUUUGAAGAAAUUUGGGUGGAAUUUGUUAACUUGUUGAACAAAUGGUGGUCGAAACUAAUAUGCAUAUCCCAAUCCCUCAAUAGUGCAAUAUGAUAUCAAUACUUUCAAUAAAAUAAGGAAUAAAG